AGCAGGUGCUUUGCGUGCCUAUUGGGAGAACAGCUCAAAGGGGCGGUUAGCGCGUGCUGUUGUAGGGGCGCGGGAAACGGGGCAGGCGGUCUGAGGGGCGCGAGAUGGAGGCUGGCGAGGGUUGGCGCGGGGCGGGCCGCGAGAAGCGCAAUGGGGUUUGUCCGCCAGCAGGAGACGGUGAAGGCGAUGCCACGUCUCCUUACUACCGAUUGAGUCAACGGAUGCAGGAUAUCACUGGCGAUGGAGGAGUGUUGAAGAAGGUGAUCCGUGCUGGGGCUGGUGAUGUAGUGACCCCUGAGGCUUCAAUAUUAGUGAAAUUUUCAGGGUACUUGGAACACAUGGACAGACCCUUUGACACCAACUGCUUCAAAAAAAAUCUGAGACUCAUGAAACUUGGUGAAGAUAUCACACUGCGGGGUAUGGCAGUUGGGCUCCUGACAAUGAAGAGAGGGGAGCUAGCACAAUUUCUCUUCAGACCAUAUUAUGCCUUUGGAAGCGCUGGCUGCCCGCCCUUGAUCCCUCCCAAUGCCACCGUCUUGUUUGAGAUUGAACUUUUGGAUUUCUUAGAUACUGCAGAAUCUGACGAAUUCUUCGAGCUGACUCCUGAGCAGCAGGAGAGGUUCCCUCUGGAGAAAGUGCUAAAGGUGGCAGAAACAGAGCGAGAGUUCGGCAAUUACCUCUUCCGACAGAAGCACUUCAUGGAUGCCAGAGAAAGAUACAAGCGGGCUUCCUCAAUCUUGCAUCGUGUGGCUGCCAAAGAAGAUGAACGAACCAAAGUAGAUACUGCCAAGCUGCUGGUCCUCUUGAACUUGUCCAUUACUUACCUGAAGUUGCGGCAUCCUGCUCGGGCACUUUCCUAUGGAGAAAGGGCCUUGGAGUUAGAUCAGAAAAAUGCCAAAGCCCUCUUCAGGUGCGGCCAGGCAUGCCUUUCUCUGGCAGAGUACGAGAGGGCUCGGGAUUUUCUAGUCCGAGCACAAAAAGAACAGCCUUUUAACCAUGACAUCAACAAUGAACUGAAGAAGCUGGCCAGCUGUUACAGAGAAUACAAGGACAAGGAGAAGGAGAUGUGCACCAGGAUGUUUAACUCCCUUUCAUUGGAAGAAGAAAUAAAGAGUCCUGCUGUGCUGAAGAAAGGAGCAGAUCCAAACAGGAAGGGGAGUGCUGCUUCUAGCACAGUUCAGACAAGCGAGUGAAGGACCGCAUGCUUCAUUCAAGAUUUGGAACCGAGAAGAUGGUGAGGUGGUUUGGUUUUCUUUAAUAACAAGUGCUGUGUUUGUCCAGGUGUUGCUCCUGGCCAGAGGUGUUCUGAAGCCAAGAGUAUUAAAAGCUCCUGUUGAACAGAAGACGUUUCCCGUCACCCUCUCCCUGAUGGGAAGAGAACCCUUGGACCUUGAGAUCUGGUUACUUUAUUUAGAGGCUGGCUUGCUUACCUUAGUUUUUUGCCAUAGCGGAGAGUUGCGCUGUUCCUCUGUGUUCUUUGUUGAUCCGAUAAUGUUCUCAGAAAUGAUGUGCUCCCUGGCUGGUGAAAAUAAACUUGCUUCUGAGAAGAAAA